AUGGCAUCUCGCCUGCCUCGCCCUCAGUCGUCUCCCGAGCCCAAAGCAGGUUUUGCUCCGUCACUGAAACGCAAAGUCGUUCCUGAGGAGGACGACAUUGAUGCCUUGCAACCAACCAAGAGACCCGCCAGCAGCGCAACCGGGGGUUUCCGUCCAAGGCCCCUCCAGACCUCGCGUAAUGCCACCAACUCUACGUCCUCAUCCACAUCGACAACGCGAAAGCCGUCAGCUGCGAUCCCCCCUCCUCUCACCCGCCCCCGUGCCCCCAUUGCUGCCCGAACCACCACAAGUGCUGCAGCGCGAGGGACCAAUCUUCCAACGGCUCGUAAGCCUCCAACUUCCCGUGUCCCAUCUACCUCCGCCAAACGUGUUGUUUCCGCUCCAGAGCCCACAGUCGCAGCGCCCGAUGUCAUCACAAACCUUCACAAACGGAUAACAACUCUUGAGGAAGCCAGAACUCAAGAUAGCGAGCGUGUCGCAACAACCUCCAUUUCCGUAACCGCUCCAUCGGCAGCACAGCAGGAACAACUGCAAACCCUCCAAUCCGACCUCAUCACAGCCCAAGUUCAGCUUGCGAGCACGUCCGCCCAGCUGCAAUCCACGAGCAAUCAACUGUCCGCUGCCCAAGCCCAAAAUGCCGCUCUUCAAGGCGAACUUGGUGCCGCUAAAGGGCUCCUCCGUGCAAGGGACGACGCUGAACAAUCUUUCAAGAAGGACAUUCUCGCGCUUAAGGCGGAAGUUUUGGAGGGUAAAUCUGCGCUGGCUAGGUCACAGGAUGAAUGCAGCGAUGUCCGCCGAAGUCUGGCCAGAGAGCAAGAAGAGGCUGACAUCCGCUUACGUCGAGGAGAACGACUUCUACGAGAGGCAAAGGACGAGAUCGAUGAUAAAGAUGCACGAAUUACAAAGCUUCGAGCAGAGCUUGCUGGAGCAGUCGACGCUGGGGCCCAAACCAUGGAGCAACAUCGCACAUCAACCUUGCGCAUCGCCCUUCUGGAGAGUCAGCUCGCUGAAAUGCACCGCGCUCAAAAAGAAUGGGAGCAAGAAAAAGCGGAGUUGGAGGAGGAAAAGCGUGCGAUGAAAGAGGAGGUUACCCAGGGCGAAGAAGAGCGCAGGCGAUUACACGAAAUGGUGAUGGAAUUGAAAGGCAACAUUCGCGUCUUUUGCAGGGUUAGACCCAUCCUCCCGUCCGAGUCGGACGCAACUGGAGAUGGCGAAAGUCCUGCGGCACAAAUCGCGUAUCCAGAUGCAACUCGACCAUAUCCGUCUGGCGAGAAGGAGAUAGUAAUGAGCGCAGCUGGACCUGAACGCGAGUGGGACGCUGGUAUGGGAAACAAGCCACGUAAAGAGGUAUGGAGCUUCAACUUUGACCGAGUGUUUACCCCUGCAUCUACUCAAGCCGACCUUUUUGCAGAAAUAUCGCAGCUUGCUCAGAGCUGCACCGACGGCUACAAUGUCUGUAUUUUUGCAUAUGGACAGACGGGAAGUGGAAAAAGUUGGACGAUGGAAGGGGGUAAUACUGAAGAGACUGAGGGGAUGAUACCUCGUGCAGUCGCUCAAGUCUUCCGUGUUGCCGACGAACUGAAGGACAAGGGAUGGACCUACACCAUGGAGGGUCAAUUCUUGGAGAUUUAUAACGAGACAAUCACGGAUCUACUUUCCCCCAAUCCUGCUCCUGGUGAUCCGCCACGCAAACACGAAAUCCAUCACCAUCCGACAACCCACCUUACCACCGUCAGCGACAGCAUCACUCCUGUCGUCACUUCGCCUGCGCAUGUCCAGUCUCUGCUCUCACAAGCGCAGAAGCGCCGACGAGUUGCAGCAACCAUCAUGAACGAGCGCUCGUCUCGUUCUCAUUCAGUCUUUACCCUCAGGAUUCGUGGAGUACAGCAACAACCUGGAGCGGAGCCAAUUGAGCGCGUUGGGACCUUGAACCUGGUGGAUUUGGCUGGCAGCGAACGCCUUGCGGCGCUAAAUCACCAUGCUGGUGCCCUGGGACAGAGCAUUGGUGGGUCUGCGGUCCAGGAGCGGUUGAAGGAGACCCAGAAUAUCAACCGGAGUUUGAGUGCUUUGGGCGAUGUCAUUGCUGCUCUGGGAAAUGGGCCAGGAGCACACGUUCCUUAUCGGAAUUCGAAGCUCACAUAUCUCUUGCAAAACUCGUUGAGCGGGAACUCUAAGACCUUGAUGGUUCUCAACCUCUCCCCACUUUCAGCACAUCUCAACGAAUCGCUGACCUCCCUGAGAUUCGCGACCAAGGUAAACAAUACAACUAUUGGGACAGCGAAGAAGGUGCAAGUGUCAAAUGGCUCGACGGGAAGGAGUUGA